AUGCCUAUUGAUAGAACGGGUCAGAAACCUACUAAAGCUACCAUAAACUCUGAUUUCACAGCAACCAAGAUUUUACCCGUUUAUCCUCUCAAAAAUAGGUUUAAUCAGUGGGGCGAAACAAAUCUAAAACUUACAUUGCAACGAAGAAUCUAUGGCAUUCAUGCCCCUUUAAGGCAUCUUAUGGAAUAG